AUGGAAGGAGAGACGGCACCCGAGGCCAGGAGAACAGCCAACAAAGCCACACGGAUUGCCCUCGGUGUCUUUGUGAGUGGCACCGUUGUGCUUGGCACUGCGCUUUUCUUGGCCGCUGGCAUCCUAAGCAAGAUAAAUCAAUCUGUAGAUCCGUGUGAGAACUUUUAUCGAUUUGCAUGUGAUGGCUGGAUAUAUAAUCACCCUAUUCCUGAAGACAUGUCAAACUAUGGUGUUUAUCCUUGGCUGCGGCAAAAUGUAGACCUCAAACUAAAGGCAUUGCUUGAGAAACCCAUAAGCAAAAGACGAGACAGUGAAGCUGUACAGAAGGCCAAGAUCCUUUAUGCAUCCUGCAUGAAUGAGAAUAAAAUUGAAAAAGCCGAUGUGAAACCCCUGUUAAGUAUACUGAGACAUUCACCUUUCCGCUGGCCUGUGCUGGAAUCCAACAUUGGACCUGAAGGUCUGUGGUCAGAAAGGAGGUUUAACUUAGUCCAAGCCUUGGCAACUCUUCGUGGUCAAUACAGUAACUCUGUCUUCAUCCGUUUAUAUGUGGCUGCUGAUGACAAAAUCUCCAAUCAGUAUAUCCUGAAGCUCGAUCAAGCAAGCCUCUCUCUUGCAUCUCGAGAAGAUUACCUAGAAAACACCACAGAAGCUAAAUCUUACCGAGAUGCCUUUUUGCAGUUCAUGGUUGAUACAGCAGUGCUUCUGGGUGCAAAUGCUUCACGAGCCGAAUCUGACAUGAAGUCAGUUCUAAAACUGGAAGUUAAAAUAGCUGAGAUCAUGAUUCCAUAUGAAAAUCGAACAAGUGAGGUGAUGUACAAUAAAAUGAACAUAUCGGAGCUUAGUGCCAUGAUUCCACAGUUUGACUGGCUGGGAUAUAUCAAGAAGGUGAUUGACACCAGACUCUAUCCUGAGCUCAAAGAUAUAGGUCCUUCAGAAAAUGUGAUUGUCCGUGUUCCUCAGUACUUCAAAGAUUUAUUCAGGAUACUAGAAAAUGAAAGGAAAAAGACUCUUGCCAACUAUCUGGUGUGGAGGAUGGUUUAUGCAAGGUUAUUUAACCUCAGUAGACGUUUUCAAUAUCGGUGGCUGGAAUUUUCUCGGGUGAUCCAUGGGACCACAACUUUGCUGCCUCAAUGGGAUAAAUGUGUAGACCUUGUUGAAGACGCACUGCCUUACGUUGUGGGUAAGAUGUUUGUGAGUGCCCAUUUUCAAGAAGACAAGAAAGAGAUGGAUGUGCAGGAACUGAGUAAGGGCUAUCAAUGA